UUUUAUUCACUUUUUAUGCACGGCUCAGGAAUAAAUCCAAAUCUUGAAUAAUUAUCACUUAGGAGAUGUUCUGCAUUUGUUAACUUAUUAACUGCAAGAAACAGCCUUGUGUACGCGGUGCAUUAAAUUGAUCAUUGGUUAAUUAAAAAGACCAUUUCAUUAGGACAAUAAUUCUGCGUUAAUUCGAUGUAACUGAUUGGAAUAUUACACAAUGUUAGGUACAAUGACUGUUUACUACCGCGUGCCGGCCAUGAAUUGCGUUAUGCCACCAUUUGUUCAGCAGUUAUCAUCGCUAUAGUUGAAUUUAGGAGCGUGCCAGUUUCUAAUCUUCUUAAUUAAAACGCCCUUCUGAUUGGACAGAGUGAUAAUCCCGCGGGGCCUCGCGCUCUUACUCACCAGCAAGUAGGACUGCGCGCGAGUCUCAAUCUGCCCAGGGCGAGGGCAAGACGCACUGCAAGAACGCGCGCGAGUUCAGACGACGCGUCUAAAGUGCACGCAACCAUCGCUGUCUGCGCGGGAGAGCGUGAUAGGGGAAGAAAGAUCUCUAUCAAAAAGUGUCUUCAUUUUCAGCAGACCUUCGGAGAACGCCAACGGAAGAAAAGAAAGAAGACGAGGUCGCUUUCAAGAGCGCGCGCCAAAGUUUUCCAUCCGCUCCGUUUUUUGUUUUAGUUUUAUUUCGUUUCUCCAAAAUGAAUGUCGGCGAAGAAAACUUGCUGAAAUCGAUCAGCAACGACACCCUGCUGGACCUGACGCAGCGCUACGGGCAGUCCGCCUUCGGCUUCGGCGCUGGCCACGGUACCGGGAGUCCCGGCCGUUUCUCCCUCACGCCUGCCGCGGAUUUCCUCUCCGGUCAAACGGGAAAGUCGAACGAAAGCGGCGGAGAGCAAACCAGCGACGAAGACGACGGCUUCGACCACCUCGAGUCUCGCAAGAGAGGCGCGGGCUUCGACGAAGAGAAGCACCCGAGCGCGCUCGCCAAGAAGCCGAAGGAGCAGAGAUCUCUCCGGCUGAGCAUCAACGCGCGCGAGCGGAGACGCAUGCACGACCUGAACGACGCGCUGGACGGCCUGAGGUCUGUGAUCCCCUACGCGCACAGCCCGUCUGUGAGAAAACUCUCAAAAAUCGCAACUUUGCUCCUCGCAAAAAACUACAUCCUAAUGCAGGCGCAGGCGCUGGAGGAAAUGCGCCGGUUGGUGGCUUAUCUGAAUCAAGGACAGACUAUAACUUCGCCGAUUCCCACCGCGCUCGCGCCCUUCGGACAGGCGGCCGUGUAUCCGUUUUCGAGCACGGCGCUGGCCACCUGCGCGGAGAAAUGCAGCUCGUUCAGCGGGACCCCGUCCAACCUGUUCAAACACUGCAACGACAAGCCUUGACUUCCGCGCGCCGAACUCUUCCCGCUUCACCCUUAUGUUGCUCUGAAUUCGCGUUGUUUUGUUGGGAACGGGUUUAGGUCUGAUUCAAAACCCCCGCUGCGUGUUUAAGUAACCACGAUGAUUUAUUAGAUAAUACCACAAAUAAUGUUAACCGAGGGACACGGUGUCACCGGAACGAGCUUUGAAAACCCUACAUUUUUUUAAAAAGCCUUUCCCCUUUUACCCCGAGUGACGGAUUGAAAACGAUUAGUAUUUGUGUGAAAAACUAACAAACAAGAAAUUCUAUGUUCACGGCUUGAGGAGGACUCGUUUCUCAGUUUAAGCGUUUUAUCUUUCGGUUUCAGCGUUGUUGGUGAACUAUGCAAUUCACUGCAGUUGCCCACAAACAGUAAUUUCUUAAAAACCUGUGUCAGAAAUGAAUAAACGGAAGCCGAGCUGUCUCGCCUCCAUCGGUGUAUUAGGAAACACGGUGUAACACUCUCAAAUGUUUGGCCUGAAAAGAUUUUGUUUUUGUUAUUGCACAAUUCACUUGAUUGUAUUGUACAACUGUGAAGAAUAACUUGAUCGAGCCUACACAGCAUUUGAUCUUGUUGCGACAUGAGUUUCAUACUGUAUAUUGUUUAUAUGUCUUUAUAAUUAAAACAUAUAUCUAUGA